AUGGAGCAGGCCCAAUCUAGAAUUGAAAAAGAAAUGAUCCAGAAUGCUGAGGAUGCUGGAGCUAGGCAGGUAAAGGUCUUGUAUGAAGGAAGACAGUGCAACAGGACCGAGGAUCUAGCUCAGUUGGAGUAUCCAUCUCAUCUGAAGGCGCUGCAGGGUCCAGGUUUAUGUGUGUUCAAUGAUGCCAAGUUUACAGAGAAAGACUGGGAAGGAAUCCAGAUGAUUCAGUCUAGCAACAAGGAACAAGACCGUCUCAAAGUUGGACGUUAUGGACUGGGGUUCAAGUCUGUCUUCCACGUGACAGACUGGCUGUGUAUAAUCAGUGGAGAGUGGAUUCUUUUCAUCAAUCCUCACCAACCAAAAGAUGAAGUCUGCUUACUGAGCAAAAUAGCUAACUUGGACACCAACAUAUUGCAGGCGCUUUCAAAUCUAUUUGAAGGCACAUUUGGCUUUUCAAAUAUCUGCCUUCAAAAAAGGUAUUAUGAGGGAACUUUGUUUUGGUUUCCUCUACGACAGAGAAAGUCUGAAUUGUCAGAGAAUGUGUACACAGAAAAAGAUAUAAUGGACUUGUUCAAAGUUUUUGUUCCUGAGGCAAAAAUAACUCUUCUAUUUCUGAAGUCACUUGAAAGCAUCUCACUUUUUCAGAGAGGUGAUUCCUCAACUUCACAAAUAAUUUUUGAAGUUCAGAUAGCAGAACAGUGUUUACCGAGCGUUCGUCAGCAACGGGAGCAAUUUAAGUUGAAACUUAACAACACUGGAGACAACUUGCCAGUAGAAUCAUUCCACAGUACAUUCCACCUUUGUGUUGAGCACACUGAGUUCAGUGAACUUUCUAAGAUCACUUCACAGGACUGGAUUGUGGUGAAUUUCUACAAAGGAGGAUCCAUGUCUGACCUGCUCCAGCAUCUUUGUGAUGACCGUGACCUAUCCUACUCGCCCUAUGUUGGAGUUGCCUACCCUCUAACAAACACGGAGCAAACUGAGGGACACAUCUUUUGUUUCUUGCCAUUACCCCUUAGUUCAGAAAGUAUCACUGGAUUGCCUGUUCAUGUCAAUGGCUUUUUUGCUUUGACUCAAGAUCGCAGAGAGUUGAAGUGGUCUGCAGAUGAUGGGAAGCAAGACCAGUGGAAUCAUUGUUUAAUUUCAGAAGUGAUUCCAGAAGCCUACAUUGUUCUGGUAGAGGAGCUCAGACAACACUGUCAGAGAAGAAACAAUUCUUAUGAUGUCGUUGAAUUCUAUUAUGGAUCGCUGCCAGAUUGCAGAAAGGUUACAGCCCAGUGGAAAGACCUGGUGGAACCUUUUUACGAGAAAUUAUUUCAGAUGACAGCAUUUUUCAGUAAAGUUGGUGGAGGAACAUGGCUCCACUGGCAGAAUAUUAUCCUUGCCGAGUACAGUGCAGAUAUUGAACUUGAUGUUUGUCAAACUGUUACAAAAACAUAUUUAGAAUAUCAACAGAAUGUUGUGCAGCUGCCAGAUCACAUUGUGGGAAGAAAAAAGACACAUGUUCCCUGUGUCAGUCCAGAUGGAUUGUGUCAUCUGCUGAAAACAUCUGAUUUGUACAUGGAGUACACACCAGCUGAACGAAUGCAUCUCCUGAAAUAUGCUCUCCGGUCAUCCUCACACACCAGUCUUGGAGGCUUAGGUCUGCUUCCUGCAGCUGAUGGAACAUUUCAGAAGUUCUCUGAAAGUGAAAUCUUCUUUUGUCCGUCAAAAGUUGAUAUUUUUCCAGGCUUGAAGAAGAAUCUUGUGAGUGAACAUCUCGACAGCUGUGUUGAACAACAAAUUGCCCAUAUGGCAAACAAAGACGAGCAAGUUGUAAUCACCGAACAGCUGACAGAUGAUGACAUCGUUUCAGAGAUUAUCGGAAAACGAGACGGCCACAGUGAUUCUGAACCAGAGGACGAUACACAGGAGCCACCCGAACAGCCAACGCCCACAGCAGUUGAAACGCACAAGGCACUCGGGACAGUCAGACUGUUUUUUUCAGAGCAAAGGAGAUAUUCGAUUGCCAGAUAUAAUAACCUGAGGGAGGUAACUGCAGAAGUAUUUCCUAGACUUGUGAGAGCAUGCUUCCACAUCAACUUUCCUGGUGAUGGUGAUUCCGCUUUGGAGUAA